UUUGUAUCUCAAUCAUAUCCGAGAGAGUAUUCAUUUAAUUUUCUCUUUUGAGACUCAUUUCACUCUCCUCUCGUCCUAUACGACUCGGGGAGCCUGAAGUGGCAAACGAGUCAGUCAGUUGGAUAUUGGAAGUGAGGAAUGAAAGAUCGAUUUUGGCUUCACAAGCUAAACAAUGGCAAGCGGCUUUGACUUCAACAAAUUGUGCUCAACUUUUAGUGAGAUCUGCCCGGACUUUGGCGAGACCCAUCAAACUGACAAAUCGGAGAGCCUGAAGUUUGCCAACAAAGUGCUCUUCGAACUUGGGCCCAAGAUGUGGCACAUUAAGAAGAGUGGAUCAGCCCAAAUGUGGCGCUUAAUCUUUAAUGAGGGCACAAGCGUUUACAUCUACACCCACACCUUCCAGCGCCCGGUCAAUGUUAAUCCGCAGCUGCACGACAAGAAGCUCUAUCUUACUCUCAAGCAGGCUGGCCUGUUGGCAGUCAGCAAACUGUGCACCGGGUUGCUCGGUGAAUAUAACCCAAGAAAUAAGGUGCUCUUGACCCCACUGGCUCGCGCUGUCUUUCUGCCACAAAACAUUUCGAAAAUUGCCGUCGAGCUGACAGAGCUGCUCCAGCGCAGGGUGGACACCAACGAGGUGGUCAGGGCAGUUAUCAGCAGCUGCCAGACCGACGGCUUCCACUUGCAGCACAGCCAGUGCCACAUUGCACUGGCCGCCCUUGAGGUGACAGUUCCUGCAGCCGUCCAGCGGCAGAAGCUGCGCGAAAAGACCAUGCGGCUCUAUGCCAAGCAUGGCAAGACUUAUGACGCGGCUCAGUACGCUAUCUACGUCAAGUACUCCAAGCGAAACGACACAGCAGCAGGUGAAGAGCCCUCACAGCCAAGUGCAGACGAUCAGAGCCGGUCCAAAGGUGAGAGCAUAGACGCCGUCUUAUGCAGCAUUGUCAGGUCUGCGGAUGAUCCUCUCAGCGGUGACACACUGGAGAUGAUAUAUGAGCAACCUUCAAGCAGCAACCUGGAAAGCGAAAUGGCUUCAUUCUUAUAUCUAGAGCCUUUGGAAGACUUUGACUACCUGGACCGGCUUAGCUCACAUCUAGAGCCUUUGGAAGACUUUGACUACUUGGACCGGCUUAGCUCAUAUCUAGAGCCUUUGGAAGACUUUGACUACUUGGACCGGAUUAGCAGCCAGAUGCUCUCACUGGGAGUUGAUGAAUUUCUCCAAUGAACAAUAUUCAUAAAUCAAAUAUAAUCAAUCUUAAAAUAUAUAUUUUUCUUAUUCAA